CAGACGACGACUGCAAGAUUCUGCCGGGUGUGCCUCAACACUUACGCACUUACGUACCCGUCACUGAUUACCUCAACCUUGGCGACCUUAUCCAUCACCUUCCUUUCCCUCGGGUUCACGCUUCGCCUCAGCACACACCUACACACUCGCGCGACAUACCCACCUCAUCGAGACGUCCCUCUCCCCAAACACCCACAACCUUCAACUCCGCCGACCCAGGCUCCAAGAACCUCCAACCUACGCACGAUUCGGCCAACCUUCGAGUGCACGCCUUUCACUCCGUCACACUCGCCUAAUUCCGUCCUCAACAUUGCCAACCAUCGCAUUGCAUUCGCGCAGCCCGACGACGACUUGCACCUCGCCUGA